UCGGUAUCCCAAAUACGGAGACCCUUAUGAACACCCUCUCAAAUCAUCCUUAUUCUAAGGUUCGUUUGGUUUAUCCCCAAUUCAAUUAGGUUUGAAAACGUACUUUUUCAGUUUUCUGUUCCCAAAAGGUCCGAAAAAUCUACAACUUCCUGAGUUUCAAUAACAAAAAAAAAAAAAAAAGAAUACUGGUUUUACAGGAAUUCAAAACAAUGGGUGGAGAAAGAGGAGUUCAUCCAGAUUGUAGAAAUGCAUCAAACCCCUAUCAUGAGUGCGUUGAUUUUUGCUUCAGGGUCAUUGCCGAAGCAAAAGCUCGAUCUGCCCAAAACAAUAAAGAGGUUAGUGGAGUGGAUGGGAGUCAAACCAAGGUUGAUGCAGCUUCUCCUGAUAACAUCAAAGAUUCAGUCAAGGGUGAAUCAGGAAAUAGAAAAGAUCAUGAAGAUGCUGAUGAUCAUCCAACUGAAGUUACCUCAGAAGUCGACUUGUCUAAUCUUACAGGGAGACAAAGGAAGCUGUUUGAAUUAAGACUUAAGAUGAAUGCGGCCAAAAAAGCCAAUCAAACAGCUAUGGUGGCAGAGCAAAAAAGAAUGGAACCUCCUACUGAAUCGAGGGGUGUUUCUAAAGAAAAAUGGCUGGAAGAAAGAAAGAAGAAGGUUGGCAGACUUCUUGAUGCUAAUGGUUUGGACAUGACAAAGGCAUACAUGUUGGAUACACAGGAGGCAGCUGAAGCAAAAUAUAAAAAGUGGGAGAAAGAUCCAGCUCCUGCCGGCUGGGAUGUUUUUAAUCAAAAAACAUUAUACAACGCAUACAAAAAGCGCACAAAAAAUAUAGAUAUUGACCUUGAAGAAUACAACAAAAUGAAAGAAGAGGACCCUGAGUUCUACCGAGAGGCUUCCAGCCUCCAAUAUGGGAAGGCUCCAAAUAUUUCUGAAGACAAAAUUGAUAGAAUGAUUAAGGAGCUCAAAGAUAGAGAUGAGAAGCGUAGAGCUUUCAGUCGGAGGAGGAAAUUCCGUGAAGAAAAGGAUAUUGACUCUAUCAAUGAUCGUAACGAGCACUUCAACAAGAAAAUUGAACGGGCAUUUGGGAAAUAUACCCUGGAGAUCAAGAACAAUCUGGAAAGGGGAACUGCUUUGCCCGACUAAGCAGGUUAAUCACCCAAUUGCCAGAAUCUGGACUAUUUGGUUAUGGACAAGGGUGUAAUGCCGUGUCAGCCUUCUUUUCGGAAGAGUCGCCUUGGUAAGAAUCUUCAUGAGGGACCAACUUUCUGGAAUUGUGGCUGUUCUGUUGUACAGAAUUUGUUGGCAUGUAAGAUUACAAAUUCCAAUUUGAGCUUCUCAAAUCUGUUUGCUUUUGUACUUAUUAAAGAGCCCUAUUUCCUAUUGCUGCGCCCUUAAGAGUUAAGGUUAUAUCAGCUGUACUAUUGUAAGGCACUUCAGUUUUUUUACUAGAGUAAGCUGUUCGUCGAAUUAAGGCCUUUUGUGCCUAAUAUACUUGUAUGUUUGUUUAUUAUCGAAAUAGUUAAACCGUUAUGGAGAAAA